AUGAACAAGGAGAUUUCCACAGCAGAUAUCCUGUCAGGUGGCGAAAGCUACAGCGGAAUAUCAGCAGUAGAAAGAAAUGCAAAGGCGAUGAUGAAGGUAUACAAUGCAAUAAAGACAAGCUUUGGGCCUCUAGGAUUAGACAAGAUGUGUGUUGAUUCGGCGGGAGAGGUUAGCAUUACGAAUGACGGGGCAACUAUUCUUCAGAAUAUGGUGGUUGAUGACCCUGCAGCCAAAAUUCUUGUGGAUCUGGCUACACAUCAAGAUCAUGAGGUUGGCGAUGGAACUACAUCUGUUGUUCUGAUAGCAGCGAGUUUGAUUGAAAAGGGAGCUGGGCUUAUAGCGUCUGGAGUCCAUCCAUCGGUUGUUGUUUCCGGAUAUAAGAUGGCAUUUAAUGAAUGUGUGCAGUUUAUUAAGAAGAGCAUAUCCAAAAGUGCCUUGAACUUAGGACCCAAGGCAUUAAAGAACGUUGUAAAAACAAGUAUAUCUAGUAAGGUCAUCAAUUCCGAGAACGAGCUGUUCUGUGGAAUUGUCAUUGAUGCGCUAAAAUGCAUUGAAUCUACCGGGGAAAAUAAGAAGAACACGUAUCCAAUAGAGGACAUCAACAUUUUGAAGCAUCCUGGAGGCUCUAUGAAGGAGUCAUUCUUGUAUCAAGGAUAUGCUCUAAACUGUUCUCUGGCUUCUAACUUCAUGAAGAAGCAAAUCAAAAAGCCUAAGAUCCUCUGCAUUGAUUUUGGACUUCAGAAAUACAAGAAUCCACUAACCGUAAGCAUAGUUGUAGAUGAUCCCAAUAGAUUGGAAGACAUCAGGAAGAAGGAAUUGGAAAUAACGAAGAAGCAGGUCAAGGCAAUUAUCGACUCCGGGGCCGAUGUGGUUCUUACGACAAGAGGGAUCGAUGAUAUGUGCACCAAGAUCUUGCUGGAGGCAGGGAUUGUCGGAGUUCGAAGAUGUAAAAAAGAAGAUCUUGUUGUAAUUGCUAAGGCUACAGGAACAGGCCUAGUAAACUCAAUUUCAGACCUAAAUGGGACAGACAGCAUUACAGCUUUGGGGUCUGCAGAUAAGUUUGAGGUGGUACCAAUUGGAGAAGAAGAAUGCAUACUCAUCAAUGGACUCAAAAGGAAGAUGGCAUCAAUAAUAUUGAGAGGGGCAAACAGCCAACUUCUCGAUGAGAUGCAAAGGUCAGUACAUGACGCCAUCUGUGUUUUGAAGCGUACACUUGAAUCCAAUAACAUUGUCCCUGGAGGAGGAUCUGUUGAAUGUGCAUUGUCCUUGAUGUUGGAAAAAUUUGCAUUCACUGUCAAUUCUAAGGAACAUGUCGCCAUUCAUCGCUAUGCAGAAUCGCUCCUAUCGAUCCCGAAGAUCUUAGCCACAAAUGCAGGGCUGGACUCUAAUGAGAUCGUAGCAAGCUUAAUGUCUUCCCAGAGCAAGGAGUCCGCAAAGUCUUCAGACUCAAAAUUUUUGGGCAUUGAUGUGACAACCGGGCGGAUCCAAGACAAUUUCGAACAUGGAAUAAUCGAGCCUAGCAUGAACAAGAUGAAGUCAUUAAAGGCAGCAACUGAGGCGGCAAUAAGCAUCCUGAGAAUCAAUGAAGUGAUUAUUCUACCGCCAGAUCAAUCCAAGAAUUAA